AUGUCUACUGGUUCUGAUCGAAGCUGCUUGACUGGUUUUGGGGAUGAGGCCUCGUUGGCACAAAUCUUUCAGACUUUCCAGGUGGAAGCGCGACAGAGCGCAAUGUUGACAGUCGACAAAGGCAUGGAACUCGGUGGCGACGUGUCAAGCUAUUUCAGGGCGUUCUGUCUGUGCAACCACGAACCGAACGGGAAGAGCAUGGAGCAACUCAGAAGAGAUGAUGCCGAGCUUCGCGGGCUUUUUUUAAGGAUCGGGAACGUCCAUGACAAUGAGGCAAACUUUAAGGCUUGGCAACACAGAGCUUCUUGCUGGAGCUUGGGGGUGACAGAGGUCGAUUUCAUCACCAGGGAGCUGUCACAGGAACAGGUGGAACGUCUGCGGCAUUUGACUGGCAUAUCGGGGUUCGCUUUGGUCAAAGAGAACGACCCGCCGAAGCACCUGGAGGUCAGUGGUUUCAUAUCGCUACUGCGGCGUGGCGGCUGGUUGGUUGAAUGCACAGCAGCUAACCGUGCAAGUGUUGACAAGACCAACAAGAUGUUGCAGCUGCGUCGCCUAGCCCGGAACCGAAGGCUCGGCGAGGGCAUCAUGCUUAUGUUCAACGGUUCGGAUGCCAACCAAGCUCCAGUUGAUUGGUCAAGACUUCCCAGGAGUGCGCUUGUUUUGCACUUCACUCAAGAGGCCAUCCUGAGGUUGCCUGCAACAAUAGCCCGGCAGGAGGCUGAGCUUCAAAGGCGGCAAAGGCAGGAGUCCGAGCGGCAAAGGCAGAAGGCCGAGCGGCAAAGGCAGGAGGCCGAGCGGCAAAGGCAGGAGGCCAAGCGGCAAAGGCAGGAGGCCGAGCAGGAGGCCGAGCGGCAAAGGCAGGAGGCCAAGCGGCAAAGGCGUCGGGCCGAGGUCGCAGAGCGGUUCGGUGACCUCAUCGAUGGCCUGGGCUCGACCAUGUUCGCCGAAUUCGACACGACUGCAUUUGUGAACAUGUCUGCUGCUGACCAAGCUUCCAUGAUGGAGGCCAUGUCGCAACAAGCCAAUGAGUUGAUGCUGGAGAGCGUGGGCGACACCGCCAUCAAGUUCAUCUUGAUCGGCUGCGGCGUAUGCGCUGCAGCCUCCCUGCAGGGCUUCUCUUUCGCUUACUUCGUCGACAGCCAGGUGAAGAAGAUGAGGCCGAUGUACUUCGAUGCAAUGCUCCACCAGGAUGUUGGUUGGUUCGACACCCACAGCCCGGGCGCUCUUGCAGGCGAGAUGACUGCGGAUCUCGAAGCUUUUCACGAAGCCUUUGGGACGAAGCUCGGGGUGUCCAUCAUGUCCUCCUCGGGCCUCAUCACUGGCUUGGCCGUGGGCUUCUUCUUGUCCUGGGAGAUCCCUCUCCUCAUGCUCGCUACGCUGCCCCUGAUGUCUGCCGGCGCUUUCAUCAUGGGGCAGGCCGUUCUGGAUGCCGUGCAAGAAGUUCAAGGGCCCUACGAGAAGGCGGCGGCCCUGGCCGAUGAGAUGCUGUUUGCCAUCCGCACCGUCGUCGCCUUUGGCGGCGAGGCUCGCGAGAUCCGUCGAUAUUCUGAUGCAGUAUCCUCCGCAUCCAAAGGAGGCCUCCGGAACAGAAUCAAGAUGGGCUUCGGCAUGGGCUAUAUUUGGUUCGUCUACUUUGCAGCGAUGGCUUUGGCAUUCUGGUUCGCGAUGACGCUGAUGACUGGUGGAAAGGAGGGGCUCACCUCCGGAAGAGUUAUGGCAGCGUUCACUUGCGUCCUCACGAGUGGCUUCAUGAUCGGUAACAUCGCGCCCGGCUUCGCCAACAUCGCGGCGGCAAAGGUAUCCAUGGCCCGUUUCUUCUGCUUGGUGAACCGCGAGUCGACGAUUCAGAAGAGAGUGCGUGAUGACCGUGAAGUCAUCGGGCCCAUCGAGACGCUUCAGUUGGAGGAUGUGCACUUCGCCUACCCCGCGCGGCCGGAGAUCACGGUGCUGCAUGGCCUCUCUCUCACGAUUCAGAAGGGUAAGAAGGUGGCCGUCGUGGGAGAGUCGGGCAGCGGGAAGAGCACUAUCAUGGCGUUGCUGGAACGCUUCUACGAUCCCUCCGAGGGCAAAGUGCUGGUGAACGAGAAAGAUCUCAGGACCAUCAACAUUCAGUCCUACCGAAAGCAGAUCGGCUACGUUGGCCAGGAGCCCGUCCUCUUCGCCACCAGCGUGCGCGAGAACAUCCUGCAAGGCAGCAGUGGUGCGUCCGAAGAGGACUUCGAGGCAGCUGCCAAGCAGGCGCAGCUGGACUUCGUCCGAGGGCUGCCCAAGGCCUUCGACACCUACGUGGGCUCCGGUGGGUCGCAGUUCUCCGGUGGCCAAAAGCAGCGCAUCGCCAUCGCCCGGGCUCUGCUCAAGAAGCCCUCGCUGCUGUUCCUGGACGAGGCCACGAGUGCCUUGGACAGCCGCUCUGAGAAGAUGAUCCAACGAACCAUUGACAGCCUGGGACAGACGACGGCUGGCAAGAUGACUAUCGUCAGCAUCGCCCAUCGCUUGAGCACAGUGCAGAACUCCGACAUCAUCUUCGUGCUGUCUGGUGGACGAGUUGCCGAGAAAGGCUCGCACAGCGAGUUGACGGCACAGGAGGGUGGCAUCUACCAAGCUCUCGCUGCGGCCCAGGGAGCAGUCCUGGUUCAUCAGGACACGGGCGAUCUGACGGUUGAGGAAGCAGAGGAUGCAGAGGUGAUGGUCCCAAAGAUCAUGGCAGAGCCCUCGAAAGCGGCGAACACGAUGGCGGAGGAGGCUGAAGACAAGGAAGCCAAUCGGAUCAAGGACAUCACGAAGAACUACAAGGUGCCUAUGCGUCGUCUGCUGAGCUUCUCGCGGCCGCAAUGGUGGGCCUUCGCUCCGGGCUUCCUGGGAGCUGUGGUCAGUGGCGCCUGCUUCCCAGUCCUGGGAGCUUUCAUCCUCGUCGAGGCAAUGAUGGCAUUGAUGCAGACUGACAUGGAUGUGAUGAAGAGGCAGGCUGAGCUGUCGGCGAUGUGGUUCCUGCUGCUUGGACUUUGGCUGUACCGUUGUGGAGGCCGCUGCUCCUCGAUCCCCACUUUGUGGCUGGAUCCGGGCCUGGAAGUGCCCGCAGUUUUGUGUAUGAGCUUGAAGCUGGCUACUCUGCUGGUUUUGAGCAUCCUUCUGGGAGAUUCCCCGAGAGCGUCUCACUCGGGAGAGUCGGCGCCGACCGUCCUGCGAACCGGCUUGGCACAGGAAGGCGUGUUGGCCUUCGCUCAGUCCAACGAGCGAUUGCGAGCCUACGAGGACAUCACGCAGGUGAAAAGCACAGCACAGUUUUGUGGACAGUGUGGCGGAGCAUGGUCGUAUUCCCAGCAGUCUUCCCAGCGACCAUGGCAGGGCUGGGACAAUACUGCAUGGGAGCAGCAGCCGGCCCCUUCUUGGGAGCCGUCGGCCCCUACAUCACCUCGUCAGCGUGCGGAUGGCUGGCGAGGCGAUGGAAAGGGAGCUGGAAUCCUACAGAGGCCGCGCGGACGAUCACCGCGCAGCAGAGGCAAGGGCAAAGGGCAGAAAGGAGGCAAGCAUGGAUGGGAAGGAAAGGGCGAUGCCAAGGGCAAGGAGGCCGUGGCGUCAGCGACACUCCCUCAGGCCAGCCAGAAACAGUUGCUGACGGAUGUCCCGGCUGCUCCGACUAUGCCGAAGCCGAACAUGCCAGGCUCGUCAUCGCAGGCCGACAGCGGGGGCGAGAAAUUGCCUCCACAGGUGAUGGACCUUCUCCUUGCCCUGCAGUCCAAGAAGGAAGAGCUGCCACAGGAAGUACGAGCUCUUCUAGAUACCCAGGAGGAAGCAGAUCACAAGCAUGCUGGAAGGCAGUUGCACCGCCUGGUUACUCAGCAGACGCAGGCACGCAAAGAACUCUCCGAGAUCCGAAGGGCACGCAGCUCCUUCGUGCAGGAGUGGUCGGCCUACUUGGUGAAGCUGACGGAGCUGCUACAAAAGCAGCUUGUGACAAAGGACGCGGCCAUGGCAAGCAUGGCGGAGUCGGAGGAGAAGUGGAUCCAGCAGCUGACUACGUCUACGCGGGAGAUCAAGAAGCAAUCUGCCGUGGGCCUGGAGAAAGCAGAGGAAAUCUCCUCCGGGUCAGAGGACAUGGAAGUACAAGAGACGGAAGUCUCCAUCUCUGCAGCGCUGGAUGCACAGAGGCAGGCGGCUAUCGAGAAAAGCCGCCAGCAGGAGGGCCGCUUGAUCGAGGCGCUGAAGUCAGCGUCGGAGGCGGCCGUACAGCAGGAGGACCAAUACCGCGAGCGCACACCGAGGCGAAAGCGGUCGGACGCGUCGCAUGCUGCAGAAGCAGCGGUGGACGCAGCUAUGAAAGGCGGCACCAAGCCAGAAGAGCCGCCCCCUCAUGGGACGAACUAUGUGAGCCGUUGGUGGGGUCCAAUUCUGGCACUCUGCCUUGAAUUCGAAGUCCGAGCACAUGGCCUUCACCUGCCCUGCGGUGAAGCCCUUUUCGACCUCCCGGACUCUCGCGGUGACUACCCCUCGGUGCCCACCGUUGAAUCUUACGCUGAGGACUAUGAUAUGUACAGUGAUGCUGUGGAUCCCUUUUUCCGCAUUGCCACCGGGAGCCUGAUCAAUGCUGCCUACCAAGCAGCAUGCACCGACUACCACACAUCAUGUGUGCCUUCAUCCGAGUUGACCCGAUCCAACGGCCUAUGUGCUCAGGCACAAGGCGCCUGUCUCGCUCCCCUCGUGUGGGUCGAGCCUACCCUUCCCACCACAGUUGCGUACUUUGUCGCCGCACCGGUGCCGGUCGAUCCGCCCAGCGUGCGUGGUGGCGGUUAUGCUGUUCCAAUGGCACAGGCUGGUGUUCUGUCCGAGGCAGACCUGGCCGACCAAGGCCGGCAAUACACCGUCUUUGAAUUUCAACGGCGGCUGCAGCUGAAGAGGCAACACCCUACCACCAGGCAAAUCCAGGCCUCUACCCGUGCAUUGAGUUCCGGCCGGAAGCAACCAGCUGUGGUGCACAGUCCUCUUGUGGACCUCUGCCUCUAUGGUUCCCUGACCACAGCUAGCAAUGCCUUCCAUUUCACGGUCCUCGCUGCAGGACUGCCCUGCCUAACUGAACCUGCACACAGGGACUGGACAGUUGCAGGUUUCUUCCAUGCGGCAGUGAACUCUGUUCCAGCCCUUCCACAAUCAGUUCAACUGCUGACUCAUAGCAUUGCAGGCUUGCCGGAGCCUCAAUUUGUGCUUACAACCGCAGGUGCUCGCGCCGGUGCUGUUCCCAUUGAUUGUCGAGGCAUUGGUGGGCCUGUCACUGUCGUCCAGGCCCCUGCUGGCACAGAUAUAGGGGACCUCUUACAGGACGUCCCGGAGCUUGCCGAGCUCGACUGCAUCCAGGAGCUCCUGCUCCAGAGGGACCUCUUUCUCCAAGAUUCGAGGGGUGGCAUCCAUGUCGCAAUCCCCGACGAGGCAGCAGAUCUGCAAUGGCUACGCCUUGUUAGCCGGAGUGGUACCGGGGGUGUAGGCCAGCCGGCCCUCACCUCGACGUCAACCACCACUACUACCACAGAGAUGCGAGGGGAUGGUCCAACCACGGUGCGGCUCACUGCCACCGGGGCUGGCAUGACACUGACCACAGUGCCCAUUCCGCUCCCGCAAUUUGACCUUGUCGAGGAACUGACCACCCUCAUUGCUGCAAUGGCUCGAGCAGGCAGGCUUCCGACCGACGCGCAUGUGCUCAUGGCAGCGGCUUGGCCUCUGCCAACCGGCGAUCGCCAUUUCAAUGUGCCAAUCCUGAUUUACCAGCCAGGUGAGCAUCAGCAUGUAGUUUUCGACCCCUCUUUCGAUGGGUCGCAAAUACACAGCAUGAUAGUCCAGGAGGGCACCUUGCCAGAACAGGUUCUCUCUCACAACCAAGAGAGCCUCGGCUACGCGGCCUGGGUGAAUGGCGCGCCGCAAUCAGCCGUUAGGCGGCACCUGCGCACAGGAGAUUUUGUUCAAAUGCACCCAGGCAAUGAGCGCGUUCGCUAUCCUGUUGGCCAUCCGGCGCAGCUCAUUGGACAUGUCAACCGCCUGCGGUGCCUCAGUGCGCCACUCCGGGUUCCGGCCUUUAACACACUUGCUAUACGCGCAGCGCAUCCUGGAGCCAAUGCGGCGGCGCGCCAAGUACUGCUUAACGGCCUGGAUAGGGCGCUCCGUGCGCGCAUCGAAAUUCUUGGACUCCCAGCCCGCACCAGGCAGAGCGUUGUUCUUCUGGAGCCAGCACGGGCCCCGCAUAUGUUGUGGCUUGAUCUGCUGUCCUGUCCCACUGUUGAAGAGGCGGAGCCACACAUCCGUGCGCUGGGCAUCAUACCGGCUGAUGCGCGCGUACUUGACUCCAGGAUUGAGACCCUUGCAGCGCAAGUGUUUGUCAUAGCCACGAGGGAAAUAAGGGGUAUGACUUACACUGUGCCCAACCCGAUCUACUUCGGAGCUCAUACCUUGUUGCAUCUACCCGCGGAUGUACGGCCCCCCUUCCAUCUUCUUCCGGUAUAUCUCACCGUGGUGCCCCCUUCCGAGGGAUGGAUUGAUGGUGCAGGUCUUCUUGUCGCCCGGCCGAUUUCCCGACCUGUGUCUCCUGCACUGCGUCAGCGCACUGAAAACCUUCCACCGCCUGUUGCCUCUCCACUGCCGCUGGGAGGUCUGCUGCAGCUUCCCCCGCGGUCAUUUCCAGACAGGCGGCGAACCAGACAGAAGUCGCACCUCAGAACGUUCCAGCUGCCAUUCCAAUGA